AUGGCCUUCAUAAUCAGAAUAUUUAUCCAGAACAGGGAAGCCUCACUGGAAGCACAUUUCUCAUCUACGGGAACCGCAGGAAGACUCAAUACUAGUCUUGGAGAAGACUUCAUUUUGGUGGGCUUCUCAGAUUGGCCUAAACUGGAACUUCCCUUUUUUGUUUUUAUUUCAAUUUUCUACUUUCUAACUCUCUUUGGCAACACCACUAUCAUCAUUCUCACCCGCCUAGAUAUUAGGUUACACACACCCAUGUACUUUUUCCUCUGUCAUCUCUCCUUCCUGGACCUCUGCUACACCACCAGCACUGUGCCACAGCUUCUCAUCAACCUUCACGGAUCUGACCGGACCAUCACCUAUGGAGGCUGUGUGGCUCAGCUCUUCAUUGUUCUUGCCUUGGGCUCCAUUGAGUGUCUGCUCUUGGUGGUAAUGGCCUUUGACCGCUAUGCUGCUGUCUGCAGACCACUCCACUAUACAACCAUUAUGCACCCUCGUCUCUGCCAGACACUUGCUGCCAUCUCCUGGCUGGGAGGGUUCAUGAAUUCUCUGGUUCAGACUGGCCUCAUGAUGGCCAUGCCUCUCUGUGGCCUCCAUCAUUUGAAUCACUUCUUUUGUGAGAUGACUGUGUUCCUGAAGCUGGCUUGUGAGGACACACAAGGGACAGAAGUGAAGAUGUUUGUGGCCCGAGCCAUCAUUUUGCUGCUUCCUGUAUCAUUAAUUCUAGUUUCCUAUGCACACAUUACCCGAGCAGUGCUGAGGGUCAACUCAGUUGCUGGCCGCAGAAAGGCAUUUGGAACUUGUGGGUCCCACCUCGUAGUGGUUUCCCUUUUUUAUGGCUCAGCCAUCUAUACAUAUCUCCAACCUACAAGUACUUAUUCUCAAAGUGAAGGAAAAUUUGCUGCCCUUUUUUACACCAUAAUUACCCCCAUGCUAAAUCCUGUGAUUUAUACCUUGAGGAACAAAGAUGUGAAGGGGGCUCUAAGAAAGGUCUUAUGGAAAGGCAGAGACUUGAGGUAA